ACACCAGGAGGCAGUUGAAAUAACUGCUGUCCUCGGAAGACUGCAUUUAGGAACAAAGAGGGCUCUAACCACUGCAGCCAAACCAGGGUUACAGCAAUGAGCACAAGAGACACAUCGCUGCACUCCUGGAGACUACUUUCCACUGGGGAGACAGGCAUAAAUAAGAUACAUAAACUCCCAUCCCCCAUGGCUGCCAUCCGACUUCGAGAAUUUAUUGACCACCGCCCAGUGGUCCCAUCCAGUAUAUUCAUCACUCAUCAAGGAAAGGACAUCCAAGGAUAUUACACUGGGCAGCUGGCAAGAGUCCAUUUCGAGUCUAGUGUGAAGAGACCACCCAGACAUCUCAUAGACUUGGCAAUUCCACCCAAGAGAGAAAGUCAACAUCAGCCUCAAUUUGACCAACAAACUCUCAUUCGAUAUAUUUGUUUUCGAAGAUAUUUGCAGCCUGCGGAACAAUGGUAUAAGGAAACCACCUAUCAAAGAGACUAUUCUCUGCCAUUUUACAACAUGGGUUGCAACCAGAAAUUAGCCACAGUUUCAUCAAAUCCUACACCACUAAAUUCACUGCCAGAGUUCUACUGUUGUGAAGAGAGGCAGCUUUGAAGGAAAACCUUUGCAUUUAAAAUAAUCAUGGCAUUUGAACAAAACAUUUGGAAUUCUUACGUGACUCUUAAAGAUGAAAAUAAUGAUAACGGAACUAAUUUUAAGUGUGUAUCCAAAUGGUUACAAUCCUGAAACAUUUACACAUUGCAAAUUCUUUUCAGAUUGAGGCAAUCAGCCGAAGGCAGGGAAUCAAGAGUCAAGUUUAAGAGAACUUGUCAUCUGUUUUCACAUCAGCCCCAAAACCAGUCUCAUUGCUGGCGCUUACAAAGCAUCUUACAUAUAACUCAAUGGUUAUACAGGGGACCAGGUAGGGAUACAAUCAAUAACUGCAUCAUUCACUAUUGAAAAGAAAAAAAAAAAAAAAAAGAACCUGUGAUGUAGUCAGGGAGGAAAACUGCAGGCA